UUGCAAAUGCACAGAAAAUAGAUUGGACAGAUUCAACGUCUUCAUACAGACUUAAGGUGUUGGAAGCUGUUCCCAUUCCAGCCAUGCAGGUGACAUACUCCAACUCAAGUACAGGACUUUGUAACAUCACAGUGAAUUGUUCAGGCUGGAUGUUUUCUGUCUGUAAUGGAGGUCAGUGCACACUGUACCAGGAUUCUCUGUCAUUCUCUGAGGUCAACAUCACCGUCUCCAGUGGUAAUGGAUUCAUCCAGUGUAUCGUCAACAAUCACGUCAGUGCAGAGACCAAAUCACAACGCAUGGAGGAAAUAUGUAUUGGUGAGAAGAAGGGGAUCGCUGCAGCAUCACCAGUUGGCACCAUUGUGGGCAUUGUUACUGGUGGAUUAUUCUUAGUUGGUGUAGGAUGCAUCACAUCAACCAGAAGACGGCGAUCCCCUAAAGAAAAACAGCUACUGAAGGCCGUUGUUCCAGAAGUUGACAUCCCAGUGAGUACUUUAUCAGGAAGACCAGAACCACAGAACACCCCUGGAUCUGAGGUGACAUCAAUCCACGACACUGCAGGGAGACCAGGAGCAGCAGUACCAGCAGUAGCAGGAGGAGAAGAAGUCCAUCCAGGAGACAAAGAGUACACUUCACCAGAAGAGAGGACGGAACCACAGAGCCCUUCUGAGGUAGAGACUACAUCAGUCUUCUACAGCACCGUAUAGAAACCAGCUGCAGCACAGCACCACCCAGUGGGCAAAGGAAAUAAUCAAAAUAAACCAGACACUGUGUAUUGCACAAUAGGAGAUUACCCCUCCAUCCUUCUCAGAGAUCCCCUGAUGUUACCUUGAUUAAGACUUAACCCAUAGACUCAGGUAACGAACCGCAAACACAGGGGAAAUUAUGACAAUUGAUUGUUUAUUUAGUUUAUGUCUAAUUUCAUCCAUAUUUAAAG